AUUUCAGCACCAAAAAAAAAAAUCUUCCAAAUCAACAAAAUCUCCCCCCCCCCCCCCCCUCUCAGUCUUUUAAAAUCUUACGUUAAAAUGGGUGUCAUCACUUUGGAAAAUGAGUUUGCUGUUGCUGUCGCCCCAGCCAAGCUUUUCAAGGCAUACUGCCUUGAAAUUGACACCCUUUUGCCUAAAAUUCUACCAGAGCACAUUAAGAGCUCUGAGAUAAUUGAAGGAAAUGGAGGGCCUGGAACCGUCAGGAAGAUCACUUUUGCUGAAGGAAAAGAUCUCAGUUAUGCCAAGCAGAAGAUUGAGGCAAUUGACGAAGAGAACUUGACCUACAGCUUCAGCUUGAUUGAAGCCAAUGUUUGGAAGGAUGCAGUUGAAAAGGUGACUUACGAGCACAAGUUCGUCCCAACUCCUGAGGGAGGAUCCAUUUGCAAGAGAACCAGCACAUACUACAUCAAGGGUGAUGCCGAGAUCAACAAAGAUCAAAUCAAGGAUGUGUAUGGCAAAAAGACAGCAGGCUUGUUCAAGGCUGUUGAAGCCUACUUCUUGGCCAAUCCAGAUGCCUAAAUAUGAGAAUUCCUAUGCUUUAUGGUCUCCUUGGUGUGUUUGUUUCUUCUUCUUUUCAAUCAAAAAUGGUGGCUUUUGCUUGGCAAUAGUUUUUUCUUUGUGUUUUGUUAUUUGGGAAAAGCUCCAAGUACGUGAGAGCAUCCACAAUUACUAAUUAGUGUUUGUUGAAGCGGUCAUUUGCCUAUUUGUAAUGUACCAUUUCUAUUCGCGAGUAAACAUUAUUGUAUUGUUUGCAAUAUACAUAAUAAAAAUCAACUUGAGAUCGAGUUUUUUUUUU